AUGAACACACCAGUGAUUUCGGUGGUGCCCAAGGAAUUCAGUUUAGUUCAAAACCAACACACAACCAUGAAGUUCUUCAUUGCCACCGCAUGUGUCCUGCUCUUGGCAGCGGGCAUCUCUGCCGAUCCUGUCAAGGCCGCCACCGAGGAGCAGUCGGGUGCAUUUGCCAAGUGCCUCGACACCGACUCCAUCUCGUGUCUGCAGCUCACGCUCUUCCGCAAGGCCAAGUCCAUCUUCGACAAUCCCCAAAUCGAACUUUUCGGCGGCGUCUCCCUGGUCAAGGCUAACGAAGGACGUCAGGGCAAGUCUCUGGACAACUCGGUGGCCGUCGAGGCCGCCCCCACCGUUGAGGCACGCACCGCCGAGAUGGGCAACUACUUCAUGGACAAUGCCAAGAGCUUCUUCGCUGAGCGCUCCCUGAACUUCAACUUUGCCAAUGCCGCCCGCAGCGUUGCCCGCGCCAUUCCCGAUGACAUCAAGGCUGAUCUUCGUGAACUGGUUGUGGAGUCCCGUACCCGCAAGAAGAAGCUCCUCAAGAAGUUCCUCCCCAUCCUGUUGGGCGUUGGUGCUAAGAUCGCUGUCCUCGGCGUUGGCUCCAUCUUCGGUCUGCUCUUCCUGGCCAAGAAGGCUCUGGUUGUGUCUGUGAUCGCCUUCUUCCUGGCUCUGGCUGCCGGCGCUUCCAGCGGUCUUGGUCGCAUUGGCGGCUCAGGCGGCAGCGGCGGUGGUCUGCUCGGCGGUCUGGGUGGACUUUUCGGUGGCAAGAACGCCGGCGGUGCCUCGUCCAGUGCCAGCUCAGGUGGAUGGUCCUCGGGUGGCGGUGCCGCCUCGAACAAUGGCUGGUCCUCGGGCGGCAGCUCUGGCUGGGAUACCCAUGGUGCCUACAGCUCCCCUGUGGCCCAGACCAUCGCCUACCAGGGCUACAAGCAGGCCAGGCGGUAAGCUCUGAGCCCCACACAUCCCCUCGAAGCAGGACCCCGGACGCCGUACGCCGUACUCCGGCAUCGACGUCCAGGUCCGUGAAGGAGAGAGAACAUUCGCGAAAAUGAUGACCAGUUAAUUAAUGCCUAUAUUUAUAUUUACUUAUAAAUUAUUUAUUUUAAUUUAUUUACUUGAACGAGACGAGAGUGGGG